ACUGGUGAGGGGGUAACUUCUGUCAUUCAUUAUUAUCUACCUUUAUCGUUAUAUUUUCAAAACAACAUCAGCUAUCAGCUUUCCCUUCUUUGAGUUGAACUGUCGAAAGAAAAUAAAACUUAAAACAUGGGCGCAGCCAUAUUGAAAAGGGAGAUAAGUCCGCGGCGAUAAAUCAAUCGGCAAUAAUUUCAUUAUCCGAAGACUGACGGAAAGGGCCGAAAAGUUGCGAUUGAGAUUGGGAGGAUGUUCCGAAUGAACGUGCUGUAAACCUUAGAAAAAUCCAAUUACAACAACAACCAAUAGACAAAGAUCAUCAAGACAUACUUUCGUCAAGAAGACUUUAUUGAAGCCAUAGACUAAAAUCUACAUCUUAAAACAAAAUGGGAUACAUGAUGAUUUUGUGGAUUAUUCUUGUAACCGUAGUUACUGUAUAUUACUUGAACAUUCCACCACCAGAACUAUCCCCACGGCUCAAGACCUGGUACAAGAAAGGCAACUUUAUGAAAUAUAAAGAAUUUGAUAUUUUCUACAUAGAUGAAGAUGGUAUUUUAACAGAUGACAGCACACUGUUGUUGAUUCAUGGUUUCCCAACUUCAAGUCACGAUUGGAUAAAGAUUUUGGAUGAUAUGAAGGAACAGUACA